CUCAGAUAACAGUUAAUUUGCAAUUAAUCUGCGAAAAAACAUUUUCUGUGCUUGGCUGUGUCGGUUGCAAUGUCAGAUAAAAUGCUGACAGAUACCUAAAAAUGUCCAAUGGGAAUAUUUCCAACCCACCAUGCCGCUUAACAAAUCAUGGUGGGCUAUGUAAAAGAUGAUAUAAUGACACAAUCGCAAAAGCUGUUCGCUGGCUGCGUCUCCGGUGUAAUGACUCGAUUCAUAACUCAGCCCAUGGAUGUUAUCAAAAUACGACAGCAAUUGCAGAAAAAGAGCGCUUUUUCCAGAAGUCUAAAGCGAUGGUUCGGCACCACCAGAAAGAUCUUCAGAGAAGAAGGCAUUAGAGCCUUUUGGCAUGGUUACACUCUUGGUCAAUUUCAUUCUAUCCUGUCUGUCAGUUCCCAGUUUUAUGUUUAUGAAAUGGCUACUAAACAAGUGGAAAACAGUCAAGUGGAUAUUAAAUACAAGCCUUUUUUACUCUUCUUGUGUGGUGCUCUGGCUGGCGGGACUACUGCAACUAUUGUAAUGCCUCUAGAAGUUAUUCGCCUUCGCCAAAUGCUCGUGAAGGAUCAAUACCGUGGGUUCUUAAACGGUGCGAAAGCUGUUUACCGUACUGGAGGGAUCUUAGCCUUUUACGAAGGACUGAGCGCCUCGUUGAUGCAGAUGGGUCCAGCUGCGGGUAUAUCAUUCAGCGUGUUCCGAAAUGUACAACCGCUGAUCCUCGGCAUUUUAAAGGAAUGUACCGAAGAAAGCUGUAAGCACGUUUCAGGCAAUGUGCACAAGCCAGAACACUUGCUGGUCGCCAGCACAAUCGCCGGUGGAAUCGCUGGAUUCAUCUCUAAGACUGUGACCUACCCAUUUGACCUUGUCAAGAGGAGAUUACAAAUAGCCUCGCACCAAGAGGACGUCCGCUAUCGAACUCCGAGUACGUCUAAGCAUUUACUGAAAUGCACGAGCCUGUUAGGUUGUCUGAGGGAUACAUACAAAUCAGAGGGCAUCCUGGGUCUAUUCAGAGGCUGGAAAAUCACUAUAUACAAAGCUCAAGUUACCAGCGUAGUAGCAUUUACAACAUACGAGCUAAUGUGUUAUACCAUUAGAGAAUUUGAUGUGAGGUAGUAUCUAUAAUAUAUGCUUUUAUAAUUUUAUGUAUUUUUGUCACGUUUUAAUUUGGAAGUAAAUCUUGCAAUUUUGUAUAAAAGUCUUUUAGUCCGCGCUGCUUACGAGCGCUUGCGGCACACUAUCCGCUACAAAACCCUGCGAAUGCCCUCUAAGCUGUUAAGGGCGGAACCGCGAGAUCCCCGUUGAGGAGACAUCUUUUAUACCUACAACACACCUUUUUUUAUGUGUAACAUCUUUCCUCUAGAUUUCCUGCAAUUUGUGCGAGUGAUUUCGUGAAAUGGGACGGAAGUGUGUAACAGGAAGUCGCGAAAGCGCGCGCUAUUUGAUUUGAUUUUAGAACAUAAUGUUCAAAUGGCUUAAUCCUUUUGUAGUAGGUUUUAUUUCUUUUUUUACUUAUAUAAGGUGAGGUUUCAAAUGUUACACAUCACACGCGACUACUGUAAGGCACGCUUGUUUUUUUUUUUAAAUGUAAUAUAUUGUAUUUAAAUUCUAGGAUACAGGUAAAACUUUGGCUUGCAAAUUGAGCCUUGGAACAUUUUUUGACUUUCACCCUAGGGGUCGCAAGGGCUUUAAAAAAAACAGUGUGAUAUUUGUAGAAAAAAGUCUGUACACAUCUUUA